AUGCAACCCCGCUACUACUCCAUCUCCUCCUCCUCCAUCGUGCACGCCCACCAAAUCGCCAUCACUGCCGUCGUCUCCGACAAGCGUAUGGCCGGCGAAGCCGUCAUUCCAGGCUUGUGCACGAACCAUCUCCUCGGUCUGCAGAAAUCUUUCCUCGGCCAGGAGGGCACUGAGACGAGGGUUAACGCGCAUGUGCGGAAGUCUACCUUCAAAACGCCGGCGAAUAUGGCGGCACCGAUUGUCAUGGUGGCGGCGGGGAUGGGGGUUGCGCCGUUUAGGGCUUUCCUACAGGAGAGGGCGAGGAUGCAGAGGAUGGGGAGGGAGAUUGGAAGGACUGUUCUGUUCUUUGGGUGUAGGAAUGAGCGCCAAGAUUUCCUAUAUUGCGAGGAGCUGACCAUCUGUGCGAUCGUCGGAAACACCACGGCCAGAGAAUGGUUCAGGCCGUACACUUCCGGACUUUUCAUCCCCAGCGUCGAUUGA